AGUUUUAAAAGUAUGGCUGAUCAAGUGUCGCCAUUUUUACGAACAAUUUUCACGGACAUAACGGGUGGGAUGCUAUCUGACCAGCUGCUAGGUAAAUGUGCUACUCAAGAGAUGGACAUGAUGGACUGCAUCGAAGCUUACGGAUUUGACCGUGGACCCAAGAAAUGUUACGCACUUAUUGAAGAUUUUAAUGAAUGUCAAUCAAAAAGAAAACAGUUCAUGCGAUUCAUGGCUCUACGCAAAGAGCGCGAUCGGCAGAUCGCCUGCGGGCUACUCGAUGAAGAUAACAAGUAUAAAUCGCCAAAAGUUGAUAGUUUCUGA